CCUUACCGGCCGGCGGUACAGUCGUCGCGAACGGACCGCAACGCUAACACGCACACCCUGAGCAGAGCGGCCGUCGCACAUCAGCACAACACCAAAACGAGUUUCAAGAACAACUGACAUCACGUGUUUUCCCUGCCGACCGGUAGACUAUUCAAGCUCGACAUUUUUACACGGGCGCCGCUCUUAAAAAAUUAGUAUUGCUGUCGGUGGUCCGUAAACGUUCGGUAAUCAAAUAGUGGAGAGUACCAGAGCAGCUGGUACAAAUCAGGGCAAAGGCGAUUCGGCCGCCCAACGACACGAUUCCGUCAAAAUGACAAAUCCACCAGCUACCGUAAUCAAAAACCCAACAUGGUGGAAGAGGAGGACCACCUUAGAAAGAAACUUGACCGUCAUAGCCGCCUGCACGGUGUUGGCGUCACUAUUCCUAGCCUUAGCCUUGUCCACGCUGUACUUUAACCACAACUGUAAUAUGGAGAAUUUACCGACGAUAUCAGCUGAAAACAAUGGAUUGGUAGGUAAACCUCGUGCUAGAAGCCUAUUUCAAACCAGGGAAAGAGAAAAGGAAAAUAUAUGUUUGACUCCGGGUUGUGUGAAAGCCGCGUCGGCCGUCCUUAAUAACAUGGACCCAUCAAUAGAUCCAUGUGAUGACUUUUAUGAAUUUUCAUGUGGAAACUUCAUCAAAGAGACAGUCAUUGAAGACGACAAAACAUCUGAAACGACAUUUAGCGCCAUCAGCGAUAGUCUAUUAAAUAAACUUAGAUUAAUCAUCACCGAUCCUAUUAAACCAAACGAACAAAAACCAUUUAAAAUGGCCAAAAUGUUAUACAAGUCGUGUAUGGACAAAGAAAAAAUUGAAAAGCAGGGAUUGGGGCCAAUUAAAAACAUAUUGAAAACUCUUGGUGGAUGGCCAGUUCUUGAAGGCGAUAAAUGGAACGAAGCACUUUUUUCAUGGAAGGACAGUGUGUACAAAUUCCGGACAGUUGGUUAUAGUGUUGACUAUUUCAUAGACUUUUCUAUCAGCACCGACUUGAAAAACACUACUUCUAGGGCUAUUGAUCUUGACCAAGCUUCAUUAGGUUUAAGCAGAGAAUAUUUAGUUAAAGGUCUCGAAGAAAAGAUUGUUUCGGCUUACUACAAAUACAUGGUAGAUAUCGCUGUAUUAUUUGGAGCUGAUCGCCAAAGAGCUACUCGCGAACUUAAGGAAUCAUUAGACUUCGAAAUAAGUUUGGCCAAGAUAUCAUUACCCUUAGAAGAACGUAGAGAUGCUGCCAAAUUGUACAACCCAAUGUACAUUUCUGAACUCCAACAAAGGUUCCCUAGCAUACCAUGGUACGAGUACAUAAAUACUCUCCUAUCUCCAUUGAGUAUCCGAUCGGAUGAUAUAAUAAUUGUAAACUCCCCAAAAUAUAUGGCUGAUCUGGAAGCCCUUCUAAGCACAACGCCAAAAAGAAUUCAAGCCAACUACGUAUUAUGGAGAGCAACAGCAGCUUCUGUAAGUUAUUUAACCGAAGAACUUAGAAAAAGACAACUGGAGUACAGUACAGAAUUGUCCGGAAGAACUGAACGAGAACCCAGAUGGAAGGAGUGUGUAGAUAUUGCUUCCGGAAGUUUUUCACUUGCAAUUGGUUCGUUGUACGUGAGAAGAUUUUUCCACGAAGACGCAAAAAAGAACGCUUUAGAAAUGGUCACGGGUAUAAGAGAAGAGAUGUUGAAGAUUCUGUCACAGGUUGAUUGGAUGGAUGAUAAAACUAGGAAAAAUGCUUUAGACAAGGCAAAAUCAAUGACAUCUCAUAUCGCAUAUCCAGAUGAACUUUUGGACGAUUACAAACUGAUCGAGUUUUAUGGAAAUCUUGAAGUUAAUGACGAUGAUUAUUAUACCUCAGUUUUGAACUUAACCAAAUUCGGUACAGACUAUAGUUUUUCUAGGCUAAGACAACCGGUAAACAAAUCCGAUUGGAUAACACACAGUAGAACUGCCAUAGUAAAUGCGUUCUACAGUGCCAUUGAAAACAGCAUUCAAUUCCCUGCCGGAAUUUUACAAGGAGCUUUCUUCUCUAGUGACCGUCCACGGUACAUGAACUACGGUGCCAUUGGAUUUGUAAUUGGCCACGAAAUAACUCAUGGUUUUGACGAUCAAGGUAGACAAUUUGACAAGGAUGGUAACUUAGUAGACUGGUGGGAUGAAAAGACUAAACAAAGGUAUCUGGAAAAGGCGUCGUGCAUUAUUAACCAGUAUGGAAAUUACACGGCUAAAGAAGUCGACUUAAAGCUUAAUGGAAUUAACACGCAAGGUGAGAAUAUCGCUGAUAACGGUGGUGUAAAAGAGGCCUACUACGCAUACAACGUAUGGACUAGACGACAUGGCAUUGAACCUAGACUGCCAGGAUUACAAGACUAUACACCUCAACAAAUGUUUUGGAUCAGCGCAGCUAACGUGUGGUGUUCCAAGUAUAGACCAGAAGCUUUAAAGAACCGAAUCACAACUGGUUUCCAUUCUCCGGGUCGUUUCCGAAUCAUAGGACCAUUCUCUAACCUAGAAGACUUUGCCAACGACUUCAAGUGCCCGUUGGGUUCCAACAUGAAUCCAGUGAACAAAUGUCAAGUGUGGUAAUCUUGUAACUACGGCAUAACUUUAAGUACAAUCACAUUCAUCACUCUACAAAAAAAAUUCUACCGGUGACACAUUUGUUACCGUUGAUUUUUGAAUUUUAAAAACCCGAUUUAGUCUCAACUAUGUUGGAAACAACGGGUAAACUCUAUACCUAACUCACGCGAGCUUUAUCUGUGGUAACAUUAUUUAUUUAUAUUUACUUACAAUUAUUAUUUUAUCUAUUUUACUGUAAAUCUAUGUGGUAUUAUUAUUAUUAUUAUUAUUAGUAUUUGCUAUUUUUAUUUUAAUUAUUACAAUUUUAAAUAUAUUUAUAUGUAUCUUUUAAGACACUGUAUGUACUCAUGACAUUAUUUUAUAUGUGUUGAAAAUAGGAUUUUAGUAUUGAAAAGAGAAUGUUUAACAUAUUAAAAAAUAAAAAAUAGAAAUGUUAUUUUUAUAAUAAUAAUUAUGUAUUCUGUAUUUUAACGUUAUAAAAAUAAAAUAAAACAAAUUGUAUAUACAAGUCAA